AUGUCAAGGGUACCAAAAUGGAAGAUUGAAAAGACCAAAGUUAAGGUUGUAUUCCGGCUGCAAUUCCAUGCCACAAAUAUUCCAUCAACAGGGUGGGACAAACUAUUUUUGUCCUUCAUCUCUGCUGAUACGGGAAAGGUGAGCGCAAAAACAAAUAAGGCAAAUGUCAGGAACGGGAGUUGCAAAUGGCCUGAUCCCAUCUAUGAAGCAACACGGCUUCUUCAGGAUCCUCGGACUAAGACAUACGAUGACAAGCUAUAUAAGCUUGUUGUGGCCAUGGGGACGUCACGGUCUAGUAUUCUUGGUGAGGUUGAUGUCAAUCUUGCUGAAUUCGCAGAAGCACUGAAGCCGACUUCAAUAGCACUUCCUCUUCGUGGUUCUGACUUCGGGACACUGUUACAUAUCACAGCACAACUUCUCACUACAAAAACUGGUUUCAGAGAAUUUGAGCAGCAAAGAGAAACUGGCACCAGAAGCUCUCAGCAGUUAUUGAACCAAAGAAGUCACGAUCCUGCUGAAGUUGCUGCGGCCUCAUCAGACAUUGGCAUUGAUAAGGUUAAUUCGAGGAUUAAGCUAAAAGAAAAUUCUCUGGGGUUCCCCUUGGCUGAAGAUUCUGCAGGAUCAACAGAUGACUAUGAAAAUUCGUCACAUACUUCAGAUGGUAUUUUUACUGAAAAGAAUGAUCCACAUGGUGCACAUGAAAUCAAUAGCUUUAGGAGCUCAAGUGACUUACCUCUUUGUUCUACCAGUCGAAGUCCUACACCAGAAAAAGGCGCCCGUUGGGGUAAACACCUUUCACCGCAAGGGAGCAAUGAUUGGACUCAUGGCUGGAGUCCUGAGUACUGUGCUGAUAAAGAUUUAGCUGCCGCUCGUGAUGAGAAUAACCGGCUCAGAACCAGAUUGGAGGUGGCUGAGUCAGCGUUUUCUCAGCUUAAGACAGAAGCAACAUCUCUGGAGCAUGUUACUGACAAGUUAGGCACUGAGACACAGGGCCUUGCUCAACAGCUUGCUGUUGAACUCAUGUCACGGAAUCAACUCACUACUGAAGUGUCCUUGCUAAGAACAGAAUGUUCUAGUCUGAAACAAGAGUUGGAAGAAAUAAGAUCUUCUAAACUCUCGCAGAACAAGUUUGACGUAGAAGGUAAAACUAUGAUUAAGUAUGGUAACGAUACUCUUGCUACAGAGUCCAUUCAUCAUCUCCAAACUGAAUGGCUGCAAGGCUUGCUACUUCUUGAAAGUAAACUGCAGCAGACCAGAAACAAUGCUCUCCAUGGACUACAAGCAAGUGAUCUUGAUUUUCUUCUUGCUGAUCUGGGGGCACUUCAACGUGUCAUUGAGAACCUCAAGCAAGGUGUUCAACCAGGACAAAUGAAAGAAAAUCACAAUGCAGAACAUUUGGUUCCACUUACUGGUUAUCUAUCAAACUCAGGACAUAAUGAUACCCUCAAGAAAAGUUAUGGUGGUAAUACAGGCACAAUGGAGGAGAAAAUGUGUGAGCUCCUGCAGAAGCUGGAGGACUCAAAAACUGAGAAGGAGAAUCUCCUGGAGAAGAUGAGCCAGAUGGAGCGUUACUAUGAAUCUUUUAUCCAUAAGCUUGAGGAGAGCCAGAAGCAGACAGCAAUUGAAUUAGAAAAUCUCAGGAAAGAGCAUAACUCUUGUUUUUACACAGUUUCUGUCCUCCAAGCCCAGAAGCAAAAAAUGCAUGAGGAAAUGAAUGAUCAACUAAUGAGAUUUGUGGAGGACCGAACAGCUUUAGAAGCUCAAAAUAAGGAGCUUGAGAGGAGGGCUGUUGCUACAGAAACUGCCCUCAAGAGGGUUCGAUUCAAUUAUUCUGCAGCUGUGGAACGUCUACAGAAAGACCUUGAGUUACUGUCGGUUCAGGUUCUCUCUAUGUAUGAGUCAAAUGAAACUCUUGCCAAGCAAUCAUUACUAGAAGAUUUUGAUAGUUUACCUGAGGAACACUCUGCUGUGGAAGAUUUAUGUGGCAAUAAUGAACAUGAGCAAUACAGGCCUGGUGUCAAACAAAUCGGACCUGAAGGUCUAUAUUCAGAGAAAGAAACUGAUAGCCAGAAAAAUCUUCUUCGGGCACUCAAGAUUGAAGAGCUCCGUGCGAGAUCAGAGUUUCAAGCACAUACUGAUUCACGGGGGAACCACUCAAACUUGGAAGGGCCAAGAAGGGCCUCUAGCUCUAUGGAGUCUGAGCAUUUAGAAAUGUUUAUUUCCAACAUCGAGUGGCAGAUAUUUUCUGAUGUAUUACGUGAAUCUCACUAUGCUGCAUUGGAUAUCAUUAAAUGCAUGCAGGGAAGGUUGCACAUGUUAGAAAUGCAGCUUCAAGACUCUAAUGAUGCUAGGCAAUCUCUAGUGCUCAGGUUGAACUCUGCAUUGGACCAAGCCAAAAGUUUCAAAGAAAGCGAAGCAGGAUAUGUUUUGAAGUGUGAUGAUCUGACUGUAAAGAACCAAAUAUUAGAAGCAAAGUUUCAUGAUAUUACAGUUGAAAAUGCUUUGUUUAUGGAAAAGCUCACGGAGUCUGAAAGACUUGUUCAGGAACAUAAAACUUGUGAAAGCAAGUACAAGGUCUGCGCUGAGGAAGUUAUGAGAUUGGACAACCUUUUAUUCAAAGAAAGUCUACUAACCAACCAGCUUAAGGAUGAGCUCAUGUCACUAAGAGAAGGUUUUGAGGCCAUGAAAGAUGAGUUAAAUAAGCAAUCCUCCAUAAACAAUGAUAUACAAAUGGUUUCUACAUCCCUUCAGGAUCAACUGGGUGACCUAUGCUCUAAAAUUGUAUCUUCUAACAAGGAAGUCAACAUUUCAGGCUUAGAAGAGGCAUCUUUGCUGCAUGAACUUGAGAGUAAGAAUUACACUGCUGUGAUGAAAAGAUUGGAAUCCUUCCAUCAGCAAACAUGUGACAAGGUACUUCAUCUUCUUGAGGAGAAGGAAGUACUGGAGAAAAUGUGUGAUGCUCUUCAGAGAAGGUCAGAGGAGGCUGAGACAAAAUUGCAUGGUAUGGAGCAGAAGUUUAUAUGUGAUAUGGAUGCCACAAAGCAGAAGCUAAACUUGUCUGAGGAACUUGUAGACAAGCUUCAGCAAGAACUGCAGGACAUGGCUCACAAACUUAGGAUUUGCUCUGAUUCUCAAGAAAAAUAUUCUGUUACCAAUGGUGACUUAACAUCAAAAUUGUCACAAAUGGAAAUUGAGCUACAGCAUGCAACUAGUGAGAAUGAGACUCUUGUUGAAAAAUUGAAAGAGUUUGGUGUUAUUGUAGAGGAACUCGAGAGGACCAAAAUAUAUCUUGCUCAACAUGAGGAGGAUAACCAGACCUUGACCCAGUCAUUACAGUCUAAACAUGAAUUGUUAGUGCAUAUGGAGAGUGAAAUCAAAUGUUUACGUGAUGAUCUGAUGUGCACUGAUGAGAAUUUUCUAAGAGAAAAGAGACUUAAGGAGGAGCUUGAGUCUGCCCUUGCUAGUCUUACAUCACAGCUUGGUGAGAAGGAUCAAGUUCUACUUUCUUUUGAUGAACACAAAACAGAGCUCAUUCAUCUGAACGGCCAACUUUUGGACAUGGAAAAAACACAUAGUUCAAUGCAAGAUUCGCUCUCACAGAGUGAACAAAUCCAAAGGGACCUCAACUGUAAGAAUUGCUCUCUUCAGUCCCAGCUUUCAAUUCUGGAAAACGAGUUAGGAACAGUUGCUGAGGCCAUGCUUUCCAGUGAAAUUGAAGCUAGUUAUAUGAGAAGUCAGGUAAGGGAGGCUGUUGUGCAGCUUAAUAUGUUAAGAAAUGAGUUUGAGAAACUUCAACUCAAAAGCAAAGAGGCUGAUGAAUUAUUACGGGCACACAUGUCUACUGAAGCAGAAUUAGCCGAUAGAAAUAGCACACUCGAAGCAGCUAUCCAUUCUCUUGAAACCAACCUUAGCAGUGUUAUUCAAGAGAAGGAAGGUCUUGAGGAGCUUAUGAAAGGACAUGACGAAGCAUCAACUCAAGUUAGUAACAACAAGUCUCGGGAUAUAGCAGUCAAUAACAGUGACAGAGUAUUGAAGGAUCAAGAUGAGAUUUCACAGCUUAGAGUCUUGCAGGCAGAUCUUGAAGAGCAAGUUGAUAAUUUGAAAUCUACAAAAGAUGAGACCGAAAUUUUAAACAUGAUUCUUAGGUCAAAAUUGGAGGAGCAAAACACUGUGAUGUUAUCGUUGCUCCAGAAUCAAAGGCAUGAGUUGAUAAAUUCAAUAGAACAGAACAAGGAUCUUACUAAAAAACUUGCUGAACAAAGUCUGAAGGCAGAAGAGUUCAAAAACUUGUCUAUCCAUUUGAGAGAGCUAAAAGAAAAGGCUGAAGCUGGAAGAAAGGAGAAGGAAGGAUCGUUACAUGCCAUGCAAGAUUCCCUUAGAAUUGCAUUUAUUAAGGAGCAGUAUGAAUCGAAGGUCCAAGAGCUGAAAGGUCAAGUUUUUGUCAGUAAAAAAUAUGCUGAAGAGAUGCUGCUGAAGCUGCAAAGUGCUUUGGAUGAUGUUGAAACUGGGAAGAAAAAUGAGAUUGCUCUUGCUAAGAGAAUUGAAGAGUUGUCAAUGAAAGUUUCUGAAAUGGAGGUGGAGAUGCUUGAUUUAUCAGCUGAUAAAAGAGAAUUGUCAAAUGCAUAUGACAGCAUGAUGACAGAACUAGAAUGCACAAAACUAAACUUAGAUUAUUGCAAUGAAGAAAAGCAGAAGAUUGAAGUCUCUCUUGAAGAGUGCAGCGAGGAACGUAACAGAAUAAGGGUGGAACUUGACCUGGUUAAGAAGUUAUUGGAGAAUAUGGCAUUAACAGACAAUAAUGCGUCACGUGAUAGUUCUGAAUCAUCCACCCCUGGAACCACAUCGAUUGGGCAUAUUCUUGGAGAUGGCAAGGCUGAGUCUGCAUCAAAGGCCACACCAAAUACAACAAAAAUGGAUUCAGGGUUACAGGAACGUGAAAUUCAGAGUAGAAGUUUAUCAUCAAAUUUGUCUCAAGGAGCAGAGGAUGUUGUGAAGUUUGGUGAUAAUGAAGAGAGCAAGAACUUGGAGAAUUGCGAUGAGGAAAUGGAAUUGUCAACAGAGAACAAUUUGAAUGUCAACAAUAGCAUCAAAGAUAUUUCUCAAGAGCAUAAGAAAUUAGCAAAUGAAUUCAACCUUUUCCAGAAGGAGCUGGAAAGAUUGAAAAAUGAGAAUCUGUCUCCUCUUCUUCCCCUAGACGUUAAUCUAACUGACCCAUCACUCAGUGGUUUGGAAAGGACAUUAUCACAACUUGAUAUGGCAAAUGAGCACUUGCAAAGUAUUUUUCCUUCAUUUAAAGAGCUUCCUGGUUCUGGCAAUGCCUUUGAAAGACUACUCGCUUUGGAACUCGAGCUUGCAGAAGCUCUCCAAGCAAAGAAGAAAACAGACAUCCUUUUCCAGAGUUCAUUCUUGAGGCAGCACAAUGAUGAAGCAGCAGUCUUGCAAAGCUUCAGGGACAUCAAUGAACUGAUACAAGAUACUAUCGAGUUGAAGAGGAGGCAGAUGGCAGUAGAAAAUGAGCUAAAAGAGAUGCAGGGCAGGUAUUCAGAGCUCAGUGUGCAGUUUGCCGAGGUGGAGGGUGAAAGACAGAAGCUCGAAAUGAAUCUGAAGAACCGAACACCAUGGAGAUCAUAG